CCUAGUAACCAGAGGGAGCCCAGCAGCCACUGGGGCUGGGGCCAGGGAAGGGCUUCAGCACAGCCCGAGCCAACCCUCGCCAAACAGCCGGGGCACUGAGCCCCCUGGGCUCUGGUGUCCAAUCAUGAAGCGUCACUUCACAGGCCAUAGGGGAGAACAAUCACCAACAGAUGGGACCACCAUCAGCUUGGCCAGCACAGAGCCCAUGGAAGAGAACACGGAAGUGGGCUGGUUAGGGGCCGUGCAGAGAGAGGGGACAUCUCCUCGGCCAGGGCCGACCACCCUCCACGAGGAGGACGUCUACUUGGCCUCUAGGGCCCGGGCGAUGCUGGGCUGGAGCCGCUCUUUGUCCUCCCAGUCCUCCUCCUCGGAGUAUCAGUCUUACUCCCAGUACACAUCUUGCUACUCCAGCAUGAAUGACGACGAGGACACGGCCCAGCAAAGUGUGUGUGCCUUCUACACCCACGUGCAGACGGUGCAGGGUGUGGCGGUGGCCUGGGAGACCGAGACGGGCUUUGAGCCGGUCAGCAGGAAGCCCCGCAUUCUCGAGGCCGAGUUCAUCAAAAGGCAGAGGCGGAAAGGCUCUUCCUUUGAUAUAGCUUCUAACACCGACCUGCGCUGGGAACUGGAAGCCAGCAAGAGCAACUGCUGCCCAGAGCAGGAUGACACGGAGCUACUGGGACCUCUGGAGUUGUGCCUGCAGGAGCUGCGGGACACCCCGGACUGGCUGGUCACCACGGACUACGGGCUGCGCUGCAUGGCCUGCUGUCGGGUUUUCCCCACGUUGGAGGCUCUGCUCAAGCAUGCCCAGUAUGGCAUCCAUGAGGGCUUCAGCUGCCAGAUCUUUUUUGAGGAGAUGCUGGAGAGAAGAAGGUGGGUCCAGGGCCAAGUCCAGGAGCAAGAGCUAGAGGAGGAGGAGGAGAGCCCUUCAGAAGGCAGCGAAGGGUCCGGGACCCAGGCCAGGGCAUUUCCCUCACAGCAGCAGCAGAAGCAGUGAGCUGGAGGUGAUGUGUCCAGCCCUGCCUUCACCUCUGGCACCUUGGUUGCUUCUUUCCCAGCCAGCAGGACCAGAGCUACCCCAGCAGGGGGAGAAGAGGAGAGCGGGGUGGGGGGUGAGGGGAGAAAGCAAGCGGGAGCCAGAGCUGGCAGGGCCGUGACAAGGGGAAGAACCCUUCCAAAGUGCACAGCAUUUCAACCAAAGUCCAUUUCAAACCUGAAUCCAAAGAGGAAGGCUUCAAGGAGGGCUUCUGACAGUGGGCACAAGAUCAGAAGCCCGCAUGCGUGUGGCCACAGGGAGUUUUAUUUUUGCUGGUGGAACAAGCAGGUCAUGUCCCACAAGAGAGCCAAUUGCAAAGAAAGCUUCUGCCCUAUAUUUUUCAUUGUUAGGAACCUGCUAUAUGCCCGAAUUCUAUGUCUUAUUUUAGUGGGAUUAAACCUGAGUAACUCAAAACUUAAGGCAAUAUCUAAAGGGGCAAGCCAUGCUCUGAGGUCGGAGCCAUUGGAAAUUGCCAUUUCUGUAGGUUACACACCAGCACGGACACCUGGAGACAGGAGGGUUCCCAGAGGCAGAGAUGGGGUCUGCGUAACUCCUGUGACCUAUGAGUUCACAGGUCAACUGUAGGCUUUAACACGUUGUUACAAUAUUCAUCUGUACCCUCCUAUCUGUCCCCAGCUCAGGGGGCUGCGUUCCUUCGAGAAAAUACACGAAGGCUCCCUGUG